AAAGACGACUAUUGACUGGCAAUCACUUCACAUCACUUGCAGUCAGAGACAGUACAUAAUUUCUCCGAUUAAACGUAGAAAAAACUCCUGCCAAAACCAAACAGUCCUCUUAUUCGCCUUCUAAUUCCUUAACUUACGCUCCUUUUUCUCUCUCCUCACAUUUUUAAAUCUCUUUUCUUCUUUUUUUCCCACUUACCGCAAAUAAAAAAAAAGUUAAAGCAAAGAAAAAGUCUAUCUUUCUCUCUCUCUCUCAUCUCUUCAAAUUUCUCGAAACCCCUACGAAAUUUCCCCCUUUUUUCCCCUAAUUUUCUCUAUCCUACCAUAAGGAUCUUUCACUACGCGUCAUAUUUUAUGGAGGAAAAUCUUAAUUUGUGGUUUUUCGAUUACAAUUGAUUUUGAAUUUGAAUAUGUGUGUAUGUGUGUUUUUUCUCCGAUGAUGAUGGCGGCGGAGCAGGAGGGUUUUAAUUUUGGUAUGAUGAUGAAUAAUCAUGAUGAUGUUGAUGGUGGUGGUGGUAUGUUUCGUGAUGGUUAUGAUGAUGCUGUUGUUGAUUAUGAUGAUGAUGGAUUUGGGAUUGAUGCUGAUGAUUUCUACAGUAUUCUUAAUGAAGAUGUUACCGAUCAACCUGAAUUGCCGGUCAAUUCAUUUUAUCCACCAAGUGACAAUACCCAGGAGAGCAGGUCAGCAAUACAUAUUGACAAUCAUAUGGAUGCACACUUUCUAACAGAUUAUGGGGCUGCAAGUGAAAAUAGUGCUGAGACAGUGGAGGCUCGGGUGCAGAAUCCUAAUAUGUCUCCUCCAGAUAUGACUCUAAGUGGAGCUGAAGACACAUCAUUUAGAAUGAGUAAUGGUGCAGCUAAUAUAUGUCCAUUGCCCAACUUUUCUGAGACAGAAUGCUUUCCAUUAACACAGGAUUGGAUGAGCAUAUAUAAAUUGUCUUCGAGACCUGAUCAAAAUUUCCUUGAUGGUGUAAACUGUGACAUGGUGUCAACAAAUGAAGGAAUGAGGGGUAACAUGAAGAGUGAUAUAGAUAAUUAUCAAUCGUCUCAGCAAUAUUUGGAUACCAAGAGAGCUUCAGAAGCUCAAGUACGAGCAGCUGAUGUCCCAGCUUCAGAAGUUCGUAUGUAUGAUUUUUUUGAUGGCAAGGGGACUGAAUCAAUUUUCUACAGUAAUCAUCUUGUUCAACACGCUGACACCAUAAAUACUUUCGACAAUAGUAGUAGUAGUACGACGACAGAUGAGACUUCAGCUGAGCCAUAUUAUUGGAGACCGAAGAGCGAGUCAUGUCUGAAGCAAACACUUGAUCCCAAUGAUAUAGAGAAGAACAGAAUGCUUUUACUUAAUGGCUUUGAGUACAAGUCUUCUGAAGCAAACAAAGAAGGUUGUUUAGGUGGAUUUUCUUUUGGUUCUGGUGCUGGGAAGUUCCUCAGUUCUGCUGAAGUUCAGUAUGCUGGCCGUGUAGCUGGUGGUCCUGCUUUAUAUUGCCAUAGUCCUGCUAGUGACAGAAAAUAUUCAAAUGAGCAGCUCUUGGAUGAUCAACUAUCUCCUGCAGAUCUAUUUGUCAAAUUUGACAGCUCAUAUUACAAUUCUGAAGAAGAAUAUGCCAAGUCUCAACCUGCCACUGUAAAGCCUAAUUUACUGGAAGGUACUCUAGAGGCAAGCCAGACUUGUCUGUCAGAUGGCCGGAGUGAUAUUGAUGACAGCAAUGAUUUGUGCAUAAUUGAAACUAUGAGUGGACCUGCACGAAUUUGCCCUUUCCCUGCUCAUGGAAAGCCUGUUACCCUACAGCGCACACCAUUUAUUCCAGAGUGUUCGACCUCCAUCAAACCUCUUCAUCUAAUGGGCGCUAAUGGAGCAAAAUCGAAAGCAACUGAUGAACGUUUAAUUUUUCAAUCUCUAGUGCAGGAUCUCUCACAACCAAAGUCAGAGGCUACUCCACCAGAUGGCACCUUAGCAGUUCCUCUUUUGAGACACCAGCGAAUCGCUUUGUCCUGGAUGGUGCAAAAAGAAACAAACAGCUUGCAUUGCUCCGGAGGAAUUUUGGCAGAUGAUCAGGGGCUUGGGAAAACAGUGUCGACAAUUGCAUUGAUUUUGACAGAAAGGCGUACUGCUGGAACUUUGAUGGAAAAGGAACAAGGGGAGCCUGAAACACUGGAUUUGGAAGAGGAGGAUGACAAGCAGAUAGGAAAUAGAGUAACACCUUUUUCAGUAAGGGGUCGGCCUUCUGCUGGGACCCUUGUAGUGUGUCCUACUAGUGUGCUUAGGCAGUGGGCGGAAGAGCUCUGUAAUAAGGUCGCUAGUGAGGCUAAUCUUUCUGUAUGUGUUUAUCAUGGGAGUAAUCGGAUAAAGGAUCCCUAUGAACUGGCCAAAUAUGAUGUGGUGCUUACAACAUAUUCAAUUGUAAGCAUGGAGGUCCCAAAGCAGCCUGUGGUUCUUAAAGGUGGUAAUGAUGGACGAAAAUCAGAGGUUGAAGAUGUACCGAUUCAGUCCACCAAGAAAAGAAAGCACUCUUCAACAUCUGAUAAAAGACGUUCUAAAAGAGGAAUGGACAAUAUGUUGGUUGAUUCUGUUGUUCACCCUCUUGCAAGGGUGGGGUGGUUUAGAGUUGUACUUGAUGAGGCCCAGAGCAUCAAGAAUCACAGGACUCGAGUAGCCCAGGCCUGCUGGGGUCUUCGUGCUAAACGUCGGUGGUGCUUGUCGGGGACGCCUAUACAAAAUGCAGUAGAUGAUCUGUAUAGUUAUUUCCGAUUUCUCAAAUAUGAUCCUUAUUCUAUCUACAAUUCUUUCUGUUCCAUGGUUAAGAAUCAAAUCAGUAAAAAUCCGUCUAGAGGAUACCAGAAGCUACAAGCUGUUUUGAAGAAUAUCAUGUUACGUCGCACGAAAGGUACACUUCUGGAUGGGAAACCAAUCAUAAACUUACCACCUAAAUCCGUAAAGCUGAAGAAAGUGGAUUUUUCAGAGGAUGAAAGGGAUUUCUACAACAAGCUGGAGACUGAUUCUCGUGCACAAUUUCAAGCUUAUGCAGACUCUGGAACUGUUAAACAAAAUUAUGUUAACAUAUUAUUGAUGCUCUUACGACUUCGGCAAGCAUGCGAUCAUCCCUUUCUUGUUCAAGGCUAUGAUUCUAGUGCUGUUUUCAAGUCUUCCAUUCAUACAGCAAAGAAGCUACCCCGGGAACAGCUGAUCUCUCUUUUGAGUUGUCUGGAAGCUUGUCUGGCAAUUUGUGGCAUAUGCAAGGAUCCUCCUGAGGAUGCUGUUGUUAGCAUCUGUGGUCAUGUAUUCUGCAAUCAGUGCAUUUCUGAGCGUCUUACAGGUGAUGACAACGUGUGUCCUGCUACAAACUGCAAAUCAGAGCUCAAUGCAUCCUCUGUCUUCUCCAAAGGCACACUGAACAGCUGCAUGUCUGAUCAGGUUUGUCAUGACACCUCUCAAUGCUCUGCUGCUGCAUCCUCUGACCAAAGAGAGUUGAUCGAACCUCGGCCGCCUAGUCGAUUUGAGUCGUCUAAAAUUAAGGCAGCUCUUGAAGUCCUCCGUUCACUGUCAAAACCUCAUAUUUCUCUUCCUAAUAAUGUUUCAAUGCUACCGACUGUUACUGAUGCCAUCUUGGACAAAUCUGAUCCUUCCCCUUGUGAAGCUGAUACUGAAAGCUCUAGUGCCACCAAUGGUUUGGGUAAUGGAAUGUCUGACAUUAAGGAGAAAGCAAUUGUCUUCUCUCAGUGGACACGGAUGUUGGAUCUGCUUGAAGAUUGUCUGAAGGAGUCUUCUAUUCAGUACAGGCGGCUGGAUGGUACUAUGUCUGUUGCUGCCCGAGAUAAAGCAGUGCGAGAUUUUAACACUCUUCCAGAGGUAACUGUUAUGAUAAUGUCAUUAAAGGCGGCAAGUCUUGGGCUAAAUAUGGUGGCAGCUUGUCAUGUUCUUCUUUUGGAUCUUUGGUGGAACCCUACCACUGAGGACCAAGCAAUUGACAGGGCACAUCGUAUUGGACAGACUCGUCCUGUUACUGUAGUGAGACUGACUGUGAAAGAUACAGUUGAAGAUCGGAUCUUAGCUCUUCAGCAAAAGAAGAGAGAGCUUGUGGCGUCUGCCUUUGGUGAAGACGAAAAGGGCAGUCGUCAGAGUCGUCUUACAGUGCAGGAUUUGACAUACCUAUUUAUGGCAUGAGUUCAGUAGUGUCACUUGAAUAUGAUAUAUUUGUCAACUAACAUCAGUGCUUUCUUUCCUUAGUAUCAAGAAGAAUCCCUGACAAUAGAUGACAUCAAUGGACAGAGUAGAUAAAUUGGCUCCUUGAAGAAUAUAGGAUAUAGAGUAUAGGAUAGAAUUGAUUCAUUUUUCAGUUAUUGGUCAAAUGACCAUGCUUUUGUGAGCAUGCGAUACUGCCUUGUAUAGUUUAGCAUGUUUAGUGUCAGACCACAGAAAUUUUUUGGAGUUACAAUUGAAUGAAAUUUUUUGGAGUUCAGUCGGUAUAUAUAAUAUUUCUCUUUUCUGUCAACGUGUAUGUAGUGUUUGUUCCGAGUUGUUACAUUUGAUAGCCAAGGCUUUUUAUAUUAACUUCUAAUUUAUGUAUUUGCAGACGAUUUGUAAUGUG